AUAUAUACGAGUACAUUUGUACAGUACAAGCCAAACAUACCUUAUUGUCUUUGUGUAUGUUUGUACUCAUGUGUGUUAGUGUGUGUGUGGGUUUUUUGUUUUGGAAGUGGUGAGAUGUCUUCAUCAUGAGCUGAGCUGUCCAUUUUAUUGGGAAACGUCAGAAAUUUCUACGCUGGGAGGGAAAUCUUUAGAAUUUUCCGGAAGCGGCUAGUCUGACUGACAGUCACAUAUACUGUAUAUAAGAAGGAACAUGUCACACUCAGAGGUCCACUGUGUCUUCUUCACUCUGGUGGUGUGGAUUUACUGGAACAGAGCCACUGUCACUACCUCAUCACUGGCACCAUCAUGGUCACCUGGGCAAACUAUGCCAUGGUUAUCCUCCAUCUGCUCUCGGCAUUGUUCAUCGCUCGCUCUGCCUGUGGACUACGACUACCUCCGCUACCUAUGAUAGAUGGCUGUUUCAGGGUGUCUCCAGAGCCGGAGGUGUUCCGUGUCCAGGGUGAAGCGGUGGUCCUAAGCUGCCUUGUGUUCGACAGGGUCCUCUACAAACGAUUCUCCCAGGCUAAGGCGGGUUACACCUAUGUCAUCGCCAAGGGAAAUGGGACGGGGGGCAUUGACCCUGAUGAGGGGAAAGAGGGGCGAGUCCUGCAGCGUGAGCGACAGCUGUGGCUCCUCCCAGCUCGAACUUCUGACUCCGGAGAGUACCCCUGCAUCUACAGAAAUGAGACAUUAUGUGUAAUUGGAAGCAUCACUCUACAAGUUUAUGAGACCAAGCAAACUGAUAUUGAGAAGUUGUCUUAUCCCAUCUCUACAGCCGUGGGACGAAAUGUGUUAAUCAGAUGUCCUCAUUUAAAGGACUUCAACAGGACUGAUGAAAUAGAGUGGUAUAAGGACUCCAGCCCGACAGUGCUUCCUCUUGGCAGUGGGCGCUACCAAAGACAGAGACAAGACGUGAUCCUCAUCUCAGACGUGAGGCCAGCAGACCAGGGCCUCUACACCUGUCAGCUUAGAGUCCACGUCAACAACCUCCAGUACACAGUCAGCAGGACCAUUAACCUCAAUGUAAAAGUACCUGACCCAGUUCCCUACACUCAGACCACCAGGCCCAUCUUUGACCCAGCCACAACACCAACCCCUAAUCCUGGUCUCAGCACUGUGGAAUCCCCAGCAGUUGUGUCCCCUAAGAUUGUGUCCCCUGCCAAUGGAACAAUCUUUGAAAGUCCAUUGGGCUCUGUUUUGGAGAUAUCCUGCCAGGUUUUCACAGGGAGCCAAUCAGCGGACGCCACAAUGGUCACAUGGUUGGUGGACGGCCAUUCAUUGGAUUCGUCCAACCUUGGUGGGCGGGCUCUGUUGAGUCAGAGGAGGGUAACCACAGUGGCUGGGGGUUGUUAUGUUGAGGUGAAUCUGUACAUCAUUAAGCUGUGUGAGGAGGAUACAAGGGCAGAGCUGAAGUGUGUCACUCAAAACCAGGGAGGAAGACAGGAGGUCAUUGCACAGUUCAGAGUCGAAGACCCCAGGUCCACAUGGCUGAUGAUGGGUGUAGCAGGGUCUGUUUGUUUCCUGACUGUGGUCUCCGUCUUCCUUUACCUCCUCCUAAAACCCAGAGGAAAGGCUGACUACUUCCUGGCUCGACAGAACAGCACCUUUAGCUCCACUUUUAGCUCCACAUAAACACCUCCCAAGUGAUCUCGCUGGCUAUUUUUCUGUUGAUUUGUUACACAGUGUAAACAAAAGUUGACUUACUUUAAACAGAAUGUAUACAAUGUAUUAUUGUUAUUAAAACAUAUUUUUUAAUGAA